AUGACUAUCAAAGCCAUCAAAGACUUCCCGGAGGCGAGAGUUGACAUUGUUUUUGUCCACGGCUUGCAGACGGACCAGAAGUCCUGGACCAGUGAAGAUGGUGUUUACUGGCCGGCAACCCUUCUGCCUAAGCUGGUCAACAACGCCCGCAUUUUGGCAUACGAGUCUGAAGAUAUAACUGUGGAAAAGAUCUGGGAUACGGAAGAUUAUUUGAGUGAGAUUGCCAACGAACUGUGCGAUGAUCUUGUGGGCAUGCGUUCUGGCGAGGCGGCUCAGCGACCCAUCAUUUUCAUCGCCCAUUCUCUUGGUGGCCUGGUCUGUAAGCACGCCCUCAACCGAGCAGCCAACGACGAGGACAAGAAGCAAGUUGUGGAAAACGCCUUAGGUCUUAUGCUCCUUGGGACCCCAUACUAUACGCCUGCGAACAUUGGCGAAGCAGGCAAAUUCUUCCGCCUGGCCCAGCAGGAUGUUCCUGGACCUGAUGAGUUAGUGGCCAAGUCGCAGAACCUUUUCGAAUCGGGGCAAGAAUUUGAAGAUUUGAGGCAGAACGCUUCGCUGAAGUUGAAGAUCUUCUUCGAGGGUGCACCUACGAAGAUCAAUGACGAGGAAUUCAAGGUCGUCGAAUCGACCGUCGCUGCGUUGCCGGAUACCCAGAAGCAGACUCUUCGCAUCGGAUACAAUCAUCAUGGAAUGAGUUGCUUCAAGGAUGAGAAUGACAAGGAGUUCAAGAAGAUUUUCACUCCCCUGAAAACUUGGUUGGGAAGCAUCCCGGAGCCGGAAGAGAAGGGCGCGGUGAACUAUAACUCGACGUCUACUUUCGACCGGUCUACCAACAAUGGUUGGCAGCUGGGACAAAACGCUGGAAAUGUCAACGGGUUUACUAUCAAUCAGAAGGGUAAAUAG